UUAUAUGCAUUGUUUUCGUGGUGUUGUUUUUACGACAAAGUGGACCGUGGUCGGUUUGAAACGUCGUACCUUAUCACUUCUUUCUUUCUAACCACCAUCUUAUCUCUUGCAUAACUCUUCUUAGCGAAAUCUUUUCCAACUUCAUUGACCUUGAUCUUGAGACAUGUCAAGCUAUCAGAUACUUGACUCAUCACCCAUCCGCAUUCCCUCUGUUCACGAUACGGAAGUUCAUUCACGACCCAUAAAACGCUCUGCAUCUCUGGCAUCACUGCCUACGCCUCCCAGAACACAUCACAAGCGAUCUCGUUCAAAAGCAGUGUCAGCGACCUCUCGAUACGCGUCAGAGGAGAGUGGCAGCGCGUCAGAACUCGAGGACAACCUUGGUGGAAGCUAUACUGUUCGCAACGAUGAACAACACAGCAAAAGCGAAGAUGAAAGUGGCGGGGACAAGGAUGCCCAUGCGCUCAUGGGAAGGAAAAAACGCCGAACCAUGGACGUCCUUCCUGCGCAUGACGAAGAAGAAGAUAACGAGAACUCGUUCUGGACUGGUCGUAGUGGUGGCGUAGUGUCUCAUGAGCGUAAAAAAUCUUCGGCAGUAGAGGAUUCGGAAGAGGACAAGUCACCUUCACCCGCACUGUUGAAGUAUCGCGUACGUGAGCCUGUUUCGCCUCCUCCCUCCCGCAGAGCACCCCAAGUCCACCCUCGUGCAUCAUCAGUGCAGCGCUCGCGUUCGCCCCCGCCUAUACUUCUUCUACCAAAGCCACCCGUGACACCUCCCCGCAAACUCUUCCUUCGUGCGCUCCCAUCUCCCUCGGAUUCUAAAGCCAAGACAAUAUGGCCUACUCGAGACUCCCCUGACAACCCUUUCCUCGCUGGUGAGGGUGAAGCAGGCACAUCUAAUGCAAGCGGCUGGGAGAGCAGCGAUGAUGAAUUGCCCGUCGGAGAAGCCCCUGAGCGUGCAAGCACGCCAACUCCAGCACCAGUGUUUGAGGAGAAACCGACAAUAACCUAUGUCUUCCGAGGUCAAAAAGCGACAUUCAAUAACCCUCAAUAUCAUCUUCCCCCUGAAGUGCUUGAGGCGUCUAAACUGCCGAUCGAUCAUCCAGACUUUGAAGUGGCUGAGGCAUGUCCACCCCGCCGGCUCUUUGCCAACAAGCUUAAGCGCAAGCCUCGUGACCGUAGUCAAGACGUUUCUCCGAUCGGAUCCUUUGGUGCCAAACGUGCGAAGGUUGAAUAUUUAGAUGCCAGCGCAUCGGAGGGUGAGAAAAGUACCGCCAGCACCGGCUCCCGCAAGAACAUAGUCUUCGCAGAUGGGACUGAGCGGGACCCUGUAUUCUCCAAGCCACAAGGCUCUGACAAAGGUGCUGAGCGCCUUGAGCUCCUGCAGCACGCUCGGGAGGAGCGCGAACGCAGGGAGAAAGACAGCAAACAACGCCUGGCUUCGAAGGAAGGCCUGCGUGCUGGGGCGUUUGUUGUGGAGAGGGACAAUCCUGUCCGGCGGGCAAUGGGCCCCGCACGUCAUUCGUAAGUUGCCGGCGACAUCGACAAUCCUCAUCUUUCUCGAUUUAUUUUCUUGUAUGUGCGAUACCUCUUUUCCUACUGUUAUGUUUCCUACGAUGCCCCAUGUUCUCUCUAACUCCUGCGACACCCCAUCUAAUCUCAGCUCCAU